AGUAAAAUGGCGGACUUGGCGAACGAAGAGAAGCCUGCCAUAGCUCCUCCAGUGUUUGUGUUUCAAAAGGACAAAGCACAGAAGAGAUCUGCAGAUGGGUCGAGUGCGGAGGAUGGAGACGAUUCUGAUCGGGAUGAUGGCGAGUAUUGUCCUCCGGUAAAAAGAGAGAGGACCUCAUCUUUGACCCAGUUUCCCCCGUCACAUUCAGUUCCCAAGAAUAAUAUCUUCAUGCCCUCAAGUUUAUGCCAGUCUCCAACUGGUAAUUCAGAUUCUGAGCCAGAGGAGAAGCCUGUUGGGUUUAGGUUGAAACCUCCAACUCUGAUUCAUGGUCAGGCCCCCAGCGCUGGUUGUUUUUCAGGCGUUCCCAGUCAGAAGCCCAGAGAACAGCAGCGCAGUGUUCUCAGACCGGCUGUUCUGCAGGCGCCUCCAGCCAAAUCCCUCACAGAACCAGUCAAGACCAACUCCAGCUGUGGAACAAAUGGAGUGGGGAAGUUCGGAGAUUCGUCAACGGAGAGCCGAUCCGUUUUCCAGAACAACACAGAGAGUUCGGACAAAUCACCGAAUCGAGAGAAAGAUGGGGAAGAAAAUGGAGGUGGAAGUAAAGAAGAGAGCAAUGAGAAGAUGGAAAGUGGAGUGGAUUCGACGUUCGUGUUUGGACAGAAUAUCAAAGAAAGGGCAAAGUUGGAUGAGAACAGCACGUCCAGUGACUCUAAAGACCCCACACGAGAGUCUCAGUCUGGGAGGACAAAUUAUUUCUUACAGUACAUGGGCACGUCUAGCUCCAACAAUUCCACCAACAGUUCAGAUAAAGGCUCCAAGUUCGUCUUUGGCCAGAAUAUGUCUGAGAGAGUGCUGAGUCCACGUAAAGGGGGCGAGUUAUCAGCCGAGAGCAGUAAAGACAGUUCGGCUCCAGUGUCUGAGCCAUCGUCACAAGAGACCACACCUGAGAAAAAUCACAAUGUAACGGAGUCUCUGGAAGAAUCGGCAGCCGCGUACACCAAAGCCACUGCCAAGAAGUGCAUUCUGGAGAAGGUGGAGGUCCGUACAGGAGAGGAGGCGGAGAGCAAUGUCUUACAGAUGCAGUCCAAGUUAUUUGUGUUUGAUAAGCCGGCUCAGUCAUGGGUUGAACGAGGCCGCGGUCUGCUCAGACUGAACGACAUGGCAUCCACCGAUGACGGGACGUUACAGUCUAGAUUAGUGAUGCGUACGCAGGGCAGUCUGCGGUUGAUUCUCAACACAAAGCUUUGGCCUCAGAUGCAGGUGGAUAAAGCCAGCGAGAAGAGUGUUCGAAUCACAGCUAUGGACACCGAAGACCAGGGCGUCAAGGUUUUCCUCAUAUCGGCGAGCUCUAAAGACGUUGGUCAGCUGGCCGCUGCGCUGCAUCACAGAAUCCUGGCCCUGCGGAGUCGUGUUGAACAGGAACCUGAGAGCACGCCCGCCCUGCCCGAACUAGACAUACCACAGUCAAGUGACGAUGACGAGCCCGCUAACAACAGCAGCGCUAACAACACAACUGGCUCUGGAAAUUCCACCGCCAGCGACAACUGUGAGAACAGCGAGACCCUCGCAGCCGAGAGCACAUAGCACCUUCGUCUGACAACUGCCCUCCAGGGUUUUAGUGCAGGCAUCUCUGGGGAAAGCCCAGAACAGCCCCCCCUCGGACCGGCGCUGUGGACCCCGGGGGCCGGAGUCUCUCUCUCUCUCUCUCUCUCACCCAAACUUCUUUAGUUCAUUUCCCCUUCAACAUGUAUUGUAAAUCUGGAAUCUUUUUUUUAUUUUAUUUUAUUUUUUAUCAUUUUGUUUGUUUUAAGUUGUUGUUUUUUUUUCCUAUUGGACUGCAAAUAAACAAAUUAAAAAGUCGACAAAAAGGAAAAAAAAAAAAAAUUAACAAAAUACAGACUUUUCCAUGUAUGGAUUUGGACUUGGUUGCUCAUCAUAUUGAUGAGUGUGAGGGUGUUUCUCUCUCUGAUUAAGACGUGACUCGUCAAGACUGCAGCGUGUACCGCGGGACCGUUUUUUUUAAUCCAUUCUCUCUCAAUGUCCCUCUAGCUCUCUUACUGGCUCAGCUUUAGACCACUUCAUUAUGACAUCACGCCUAUUGGCCAAUCAGCUGGCCGGAAGCACCGCAGUCAUCUGCCUGUACCUGUGUCCAGUGUAGUUGUAACAUUUCCCCAGUUUUCGAUUGAUUUCACCAACAUCUGGACACACUUACUAGUCUGCUAUGAUGGUAGUUAGAUUUCUCAUUGGUGUUAACGAAUAAAGGACUAAACCAGCACGUGGACUUGUGCUGUAGUGAAUCUGUUUCUCGAACUCGCCCCCUUUGUUAAAGAGAAAAAUAUCUUCACCCCAUUGUCUAUUGAUGCAUCAAAAUCAGUCGUGUAGCUUCAUUUAGGGGCAAAUAAUGUUUCUUUUAUUUUAGUUUGACGAGAGUUUAACAUUUAAAACAGCAUCUCUGUAUUUGUUUUUAAUUUCCAUAUUCUGUGGGUUUGUAUUGUGUUGGCCUUUUUUAAAAUAUUGGUUUACUAUAUAAACUUUUUAUCAAUUUUCAUGUCAUUGGAGACAAUUGUGUCAGAAAUGAAGAGUUUCUUCGUGUGUUAGAAGUUUUGAGUGCAUUUAGACACAGAAAAAAAAAAAAAAAACACUUGUACCCUUGAAUGUUCUGUACAUUUCUAUGCGUAUAUUAUCACUUACUAGCACACCAUGUCUCCAAACGUCCUUUACAAAAUAGUAAUAUCAAAGUAAAAAAAAAAAAAGAAUAAACAUUUGAAAUAAAUUUUUGUCUUAUGUCAAA